AUGGUCGCCAUGGCGGCUGGGUCUCGGCUUAUCUGUUUGAACAAUGUCCCAAUGGAAAUCGAGCUGACAAAGGAGCCUUUGCGAGUUGGGCGUUCUGUGCAGCCUUUGCCUGUCUGGCAGCAGCUCAUUCCAGAUGAAGCAACAAGGAACACCAUAUCUCGCAUUCACUUCGAGGUGGUGCGGCAGGGGGGUGCCUUCUUGCUGCGGAACCUGAGUGCGCAAGGCACACUUGUAAAUGGGUCUACAGUGGAGGAGGUGAUCCUGAAGAAUGGAGAUAUUAUCAGCAUGGGGCAGGUGGGGUCCGAGUAUGGCAACAGGCCAGCCCUGCAGUUCAAGGUGCAUCUCUGCGAGGACCUGAUAGCCAAAGCAUCUUUUUCUGUGCGCCUUUGGUGGCUCCUUCCAGGUGCAAAUGGCACCGGACCCACGGUGCUGAACAAACAGCUCUUGGCUGGGCCGUCGGGCGCUGUACGUGUAGGCCGAGCCAUGCAGCCCAUCGAAUUUUGGCAGACGCUGGUUCCGGAUGAGAGCUUGAGAAAUGCAAUCUCACGCGAGCAUUUCGAUGUGUGUCCGACAGCUGAUGGUGUCAUGCUGAUCAACCGCAGCAUCGCCGGCACUUUGCACAAUGGCGUUCUCGUGCAACACCAGACUCGAGUGAACAGCGGUGAUGUUCUGGCCAUCCCGUUACACAACCAGCCAAAAGAGCCUCCAAUCGUUCAAUUUCGCCUGGAGUGUGCAGCUAUUCCGGAUCCUGACUUCGAGGAUGGGGCAGCGCCCCGUCUGCUCGGUGCAAAGGCGGGGAGCGUCGAUGCCGCUCUCUCGCCAAAGGAGAAGGAGGCCGCCGACGUGGUGAAGAUUGCUGUGGAUGCGCUCCCUCCACCUUUCUCUCUCGAAUGUGUGGCUGCAAGGGGCGCUGAAGGGAGAGACUUGGAGCAACUUCCCAUGGCCUCCCGCGUUUUGGCGGCAAGCUUCUCGCAGGUUGAGCUCUCCGUGGGAUCCUCGCAUCAAUCCGGAGAUUUCUGGGAAAUGCUGCUAAAAGAUCCAGCUCUCCGCACCCAGAUACUGCCGCUGCACUUCCGACUGGAAAUGGCUCAGCUUAGCGAUGGGCCCAUGCUGAUACUCGAUGCGCAUGCUGCGACUGAGCUCAACGGCAAACUCGUAGAAGGCAAGGCGCCGGUUUUGCAAAACGACUUGAUAAGUAUCGCUGGCACUACCAACGGCUUGACAGACGAUGUCCCUCUGGUGAGUGAAUUCGGCACUGAGCUAACGCAGGCCCUUUGCAAGGAGCUGAUGUUUAAGCAUGACUUUCAGAUCAUGACGCUUUCAGGCAUCCAUUGGCGCGCGGUCAAAAACUUGGGCCGGCGUCAUCCUGGAGCGCACGUCUCGGUUCUAUGGAAGCCCCUCGCAGUUGGCAGCCGCAUCGCUGAAUCUGCAGGAUCUCGUUGGGAAGGUACACCUGAUGCUUCGGAUUCGCCUGCAAAAGCCACCCCGGCUCCCGUCGCUUCACCUCUACCACCACCUUUGCCAGUGCCCGCGCCGCCGUUGCUGCCGGCACCAGCGCCGGAAGCAUCAGCACCGGCGGCAGCGCCGAGCGGUGCUUUGAAGUCUUGCCUCGCGUUCGUGCAUAUUCCCAAGGCAGCAGGCUCGAACCUUGAGGGUGUCAUAGCACGAGCUUUUGGUUAUAACCAGGUCGUUGAGAAUCCAGGUGAUUGCAUCUCGAUGCGAAAAAUCGAGAAAGUAGUCCGCUUCUGGGGCAUGUGCGACGACAGGCUGCAGUGUGAAAGCAAGAAGCACUGCGGCUGGUCUGGUGCCGACUGCUGCUAUGUAAACAAAUCCUUCGUGCCGCCCCCUACGCCCAACAAGGGUGUGGAUCGGUGCAGCUUUUGGCACUUUCCUCCCGCUUGGGAUGCGCAGCUCGCGAAAGGAUACAGUGAAGACUGCGACUCGUUCUGCGUAGUUCGAGAACCUCUCAGUCGCUUUUUGAGCCAUUGGAGGUGGAGGCACUUCAGCAAGCCGUCGGACUGCUCGCCUGAAGUACUGGAGAAGUACACACAGGAGAAACUCGGCCAAGCCCGGGAAGAUGCCUUGCUGGAGGAUUGCCAUUUCACACCGCAGGUAUACUAUGCCUUCCAGAACGGCGAUCACAGAGCUCCUCGGAUAUGUCGGCACAUAAUCAAGCUGGAGCAUCUGGAUGCAGAGUUCGCUCCCUUGAUGGCGCAGUACAACCUUGAGAAGGUGCACCUCGGAAAAGGCAAGUCUCGCUCCAGCAAGAAGUGCGACAUAGUCCCUACGGAUGCGACCCUGAAGCUGAUCAAGGAGGGUGCAGGGAGUGCUUUCGUUCUGGGCUUUGCAGGUUCCUGA